AUGUCCAUUAAAGACAUUUAAAAACUAUAAUCUCUAUUUCAAAUAAACAACAGUGUUGUUUAAGAGUAUUUAGGAAUUAGGUUGAUAAAUUAAACUCUUAUUGAUUAGGUAUUGCCCACAUGAUUACUUAUGUAGUUGGUGAAUAGUGAUAGUGCUAGUGAGAUUCAGAAAAUCAAGAAAAUUGAAGGCUGCAAAGAUUGGGAUAAAUUGAAACAUAAAUUAUUGGCUUAUUUUAUGGCAUCUUAAUUGACUUAUGGCAAACCUAUUCAUAAAUACAUUUAAUAAGCAUAUGAAGAUUUUCUAAUUCAAUACCAUAUAUUUUAUGAAGGUUUAAUUGAAUUUUAAACAUGUUCAAUGUUAAAUCAAUAUUUAAUAUUAAAACAGAAAUUACUUAAAUAUGAUUAGAAUCUGAAAAUGGAAUUUCGUAAAUUAAUCAACAUGUUAAUUUGGAAGACUAAUUAAUUACAUUUUCUAAUUCGAAUUAUAAUUGGUUAUAUAGGCUAUGUGAAAAUAAGCAAAUAAAUUGGUAAUGUAGAAAGAGUCUUUGAAUAAAUAUCUAAAUUAAUAGAGAAAUCACUUAAAAAUGGAGCUAAUUAUAAUCAUUUAUUAUUCAAAAUGGAUAUUGAAUUGUUUUCCUCAUAUUGGAAUAAAAUUAUCAAAGUUAGUAACAAUGAAACUAAUGCUCUCAUUUUAAUGUAAUUGUUAUAAUAGUCUCAAUUCUAUUUCAAUGAUUACUAAUUUUAAAGUGAUAUAAUUAAAACAUUGAAAAUGUUAUAAUAAUAAAAAUUAUCAAUCAAUUCAAAUUCAUAAAUAAAUGAAGAUAUAAAAUUAAAGAGUAAAAUUAGAAAACCUAUUCUUUAAAUUAAUAAUUUAAUGCCUGAAGAAAUUCCUAAGGAAUCUACAAAAUCUAUUAAAAGAUAUUUAGAUUUAGGUAAGAUUGUUAAAACAGAAUAAACUCAAACAUCUGCUACAAGUAAAAAAAUAAUUAAGACUUCUGCAUCUAAACUUCUUAAUUCACAAUAUCAACAUAUUGAAGAAGAUCCUAUUUUCUAAAUUCAAAUUGAAAAUUAUCAUAUUAAUAAGAUUGUUAGAAAAGGAUGUUUUAAAAUCUAAAAACCAGUUACACUAUCUACUUGUACUUGUAUACUUUAUUUAAUAUCAUAGAAAGAUACAAAACUUAGCCUUCUGCUUAAGAAGAAUUACCAUUACUUACUUUCUAAGACUUUGAAUAAGAUCAUUAAGAUUCAAUUCUUGAAUUACCAUCACCUGUUAAACCAGCUACAGAAUCAGAUCAUAAAAUUUCUGGUAAAGAUCACAGUAUAACACAUUCUUAAUCAUCUCAAGGAAAAAUUGAUAAAUUAAACAAUCUUAGUAAUCCCUAUAAAUUAAAGAACUUAAUUAGUUCUAGAUUCCAAUAAAUCUUAGAUAUAGCUUAACUUAGUGCAUCUUCAACUCCUAAAAAUGCUGAUCUUGGUAAAUCUAUAAGAAGAUAAAAAACAAUAUCAAUAAAAAAAGAACACAAAGAAUUUCAAUUAUAACCAUAAUAACUCUCUAUUCCUAUGAUACAACAAAUACCUUCUUAAAAAGAACCUGAUCCAUUGACUUCAGAGAGAAGAAGGAGUGGAAUGGUAGUAAGUUCACCUGAUGCAGCUUCUUAAAUUAGUUAAGCUAUUUAAAAAUCUAGUUAUAUAGAGAGUAUUCCAACAAAAUCAUAAAUAAUAAUUACAAUACCAUAAUCAGUAUAAUAAUAACUUCAAUAAAAUCAAUAACAAACUCCAUAACUUAAUCCUAAAAGACCUUAAAGAAGAAACAUUUUGACUUUAAGAACUGCUACAACUUUUUUUAUGGAAUAAUCCAAUACAUAUAUCCCAAAAUUUUAAUUUUCAUUAUGUUAUCAUAGUAGAACUAUUUUAUGGUCAUGUGGUUUAUAAAUAACAUCAUCAGACAACAUACUUAUUGCAUUCUAAGAUACAACAAAUAACAAAAUUGUAUAUAGGGCUCAAUUAUCAAAUUUAUAGAUUGAUAGUAUUAAAAAUUGGGCUUAAAUAAUUGAAGUCUUUAUUAAAGAGUAUUAAUCAUAAGCUUCUUAAUGCUUACCAUAUUUACGCUAUAAUACAAUAAUGAGUAAUAGGAAGAGUGAUAAUUAAAAUUUUAUAAUGUUUCCAAAAUAUUAAUUUGAAGUAGCCAAAAAUGAAAUAGAAUAAAUGGGUAUUUUAAAGGAUUUGUUUAGAUGGAUGUAUACAACUUAUUUAUAUGAAUAAAUUAAUAUAACUGGAAUUAGAUUGAAAUUAUAUACAGUUGAAAAAGAUAAAACUCUUAAUGCAUAUAGAGAAUUGAUCAAUGUAGUUAACCUUUAUAGAAGAAUGAUAAUCUAAUCUACAAUUUGUGAUGAAAAAGAGAAAUUCAAUUUAUUAAUUUGCAGUUAUGGAGGUAUCAUUUAAUUUUAUUAAAUAUAAUAGAGUGUAUAAAAAAUAAUAUUAUUCUUUUAAAUAGAAUAUUGAAUUUUAAAAUAAAUAAAUAAAAGGACUAAUAAUAUAUGAUUCAUAAGUAGUUAGUAAAUCUUAAGAAUUUAAGUUUAAACAAUGAUGAAGAAAAUAUAUUUUUUAUAAUUAAAGUCAGUAUUAUAUUUUAGAAAGAGAAGUAAUAGUAAAUUAUAAUGAUUUUAGUAUUUUGUAUUAUAAAAAAAAUGAUUACCAUACAAAAUAUUAAGUAGAUGUAUUAUUUGAGGCAAUCAAUAGUCCAAUAAAGAUUAAACCAUUAAGAUUGCAAUUUGAUGCAAUAGAAAAGAUAUUAGAAAAGAGAUAUCAUAAUAAUUUAAAAUAGAUAAUAAAUUAAAUAUUUUUCUCUUAAAGGAAAUGUUGGCAUAUCUUUUAUGAAUUUAUAGAUUAAAAAUUAAUGAUUAAUGAAUAGAAGUAACUUUAAGUUAAAAUGAAUAUAUUUUCUUUGCAUGAUGCUUAAAAAAUGGAAGCUUGUGGAAUGAAAUUAGGUUUUCUAAUUGAUUUGUAAACUAAGGUAAAACCUUUUGCAAUUACUGAAAUAGAAAGAUAUAUAUAUGAUGAUAUCUAAAAAAAGUUAGAUUAUCAAUCUAAAUCAUAAACUAUCCAUAAUAGAGAGCAUAUGUUUGAUAAACAUUUUGCUUAAAUAUUUGGUGAAGAUAUAUCAAAUAAUGAAUAACAUCAUUUUCAUUAAACUACUUUGAUCGACUUAGUAAAACGAUAUUAACCAAAUAUUAAUGCAGAAGCAAAAAAUGAAAUCAUAACAAAAAAAGUUGGUCCCAUUAUUAUUUACUAAGAAAAUCCAUUUACAGAUAUACAUAUAGAUGAUUUGGAAAAAUUGAAAUCUUAAUUUUUUAGUAGGUAAAAUUUAUAGCUUAACAAAAUUUAAAAAUAUAGAAUAAAAUUGAAACAUCUUUCCAUUUAAAUAUCCCUAAUUAAAAAAUAAAUAAUAUUAAUUUAUCAUUGUAAUUAAAGAUUACAAAGGUUCUGUAUUAAUCCUUCAGAUGAAGAAGAUAAUUUAUUAUCGAAUAUAGUUUAACUAAUUUAAAAUGGUCCUAUUUGUUGGGUAAUUUAAAUGCUUUAUAAAAAAAUAAGUCAAAGAGGUUUAAAAUAAUCUUUUAGUAGCUCUUAAUUGUAAGAUGGUUUAGAAUUAUUGAAGUAUAAGAAAUCUAAAAGUUAAUUAGCAGAGAUACCUUCAUAUAAUGUAUUACAUUAUUAUAUCUUAAACAAUUAUAUGGUGUUAUUAAAAUAUUUUACUUUGAAAUAAUUUGUGAUAGUUUAGAAGAUUAAAAAUUAUGGAAAAUACUAAAUAACAAUUAAAGUAUUUUUUAGAUGUCAAAAACCAGAUAUUUUAAUGGAAAAUGAUUAUUUUUUAAUGAGAAUAGAUUUUUAAAAUAUUAUGUUAAAAACUGGAAUGAUGAAAAUGAUAUUUAAUAAAUAUGAUAUAACAGAAAUGUUAAAAAUAGAUAUACCAUAAAAUAUGACAGAUGCAAAUAUUGUAUAAACUGCUAUGAAUAUAUUUCAGAAAUGUCAUUUAGGAACAUUUACAUUAAGUAAUGUUCCUUUUUUUGCUGUUUAAUAAGAUGAUUUAAAAUAAAAUGAAAGUUAAAUUACACAUAAUUCAUAUGAAGAUCAUUCUACUAAAAUUAAUGUUUAAUAAAUAAGAAGAAUUGGUAAUUUCCCUGAAAACACAACUUUUAAGAAAUCUGAUUUAUGUAAAGGUUUUUUAGAAUAGUAUAUAAAAAAUAGUAGAUUAAUUGUUACUCAUAUUAAAAAGUCUUACUUAAUACAUUCAAUAUCAACUGGAUAAUUGAUUAAAAUAUCAAAUAAUAAAGUAACUUAAUUAUUAAAUGAUUAACAAUAAAUAACUGAUUAUGUUUUAAUAUAAAUUUAUAGACAUUUAUUAUUGGAUAUAUGGAUAGUUAAAGUAUACGUACCAAAAACAACUAGAUAAAUGGUAGGUUUGUUAAGAUCUGAAGAUUUUAAAGAGAAUGAUGGAAAAGAUUUAAUGGAUAGUAUCAUAAUAUAUAAGAAAUAAGCAAUCUUAAGUUUUAAAGAUUUAGAUUCAUUUACAGAUAUUACACCUAGAUAGAGUGUGAUGAUGUAAAAGUCAAAUCAUCGAUUGAGUUAACCUAGAAUAUCAUAAUUUCAUUCUCCAGCUGUAUCCAGUAUCUAAGCAUAAAAUUAAAUGGCAUAAUCUUAAGUUAUUCCUUAUUAUUUAAGUGAUUUCUUCUAUAUCACUAGAUUGGUGACUGAAUUUACAGAAUAUCAUUUAGAAAAUGGUAAUAAGGAAUAAUAUAUAAUUAAGGAGAAAUUAAUUUGGGUUAAUAUAAUAAAUAAUAAUUUUUCAUUAGAAUAGCAUCCCAAAUAAUAAAAUUGCUUUUUGUCUCUUCUAUUUGAUUAGAAAGAAAUAAAUCUAUAAGAACUUUUAUUUUAACGUUAUAUUAGAAUUGAAAGAGUAGGUGAAUCACAUAUUGAAUUCUACAUGAAAUAUUCAUAAAAAACAGAUUAAUUAAAGGGUAUUGCUCUUUUAAAAGGGAAAAUAAAUCAAUUACAUUUACAUAAUAGUAAAUUCCCUAGUAUAAUAAGUGAAGCUAAAUUAAAUGAAGAAUAAAUUAAAUUCUUAAAACGUACUUGUAUAUUCUUUCCUUUUGAUGCUAUAAGUUAUGCUAAUACAUCAAAUUUUAAUAUUGAAUUAAAAUAUUUCUCUUAUAAUAAAUUUACUGAAGUUAAAGAAUAAAUUAAUUUAAGAGAAUUACUUAAUUUAUAUAUUGCUGAUGGUUUUUAUAAAUAUUAAACUAAUUAUAUGAAUUCUAAACUUAAUCAUUCAGAUAUUAUAAGUAUUUGUUAUUAUAUGAUACAUAAAAUUAAAACUUAAAAUUUCUUAAAUUUAAGUCAAUAUCAUACAAUUCCCAAUUUAAAUUAAUUGAAAACAUAAAAAUAAUCAAAUAAAAUAUAGAAACCAAUUAGAUUAUAGAUAAAAACAUUUAAGAAACCAAAUAUAUACAUAAUAUCAUUAUUAUAUAAUGAAGUUUAAGUUACUUCUAUAAAUUGGAAGAGUUGCCAAUAAAUUAAUGAUGUAUUUACAUUUAGUUAUUUAAAUGAACAUAUACUUCAUUUUAAACAUUUAGUGGAUAAUGAACCUGAAAUAGCAUUACAAAGGAUUUCAAAAAUAAUUGAUAAAUUAAUGAAUAAUAUAUUAAUAAAAUGA